AGUUAGCAAGAAUUGCUGUCAAAGGCAAACGUUUCUAGGGUGUGUAUCGUCUUAAUUUUUUAUUACUUUUACAUUUGUACAGCAAAAAUACAGUCAAAUAAAUUUUGCUAAGGAGCUGCAGCUUUUCAAGAAAACCCUACCAAUCUCCACAUCAAAAAAUUACCAAAAAAUAGUUAGAUUUCACUUUAUUACCAGCACCUUUAUAAAACACAUACAUUCAAAAAGCACUUUUUACAUUCGCCAUACGUAUAAAUCAACAACACUUAUAACUAAAAUCACACAAAGAACUUUGCAAAUUCUUUACGACAUAUAUUGUGCGAAUUUUCAACCAUAGGCCUAUCCGAGACAGCCGUUAUGGACGUAAUGUCAUCCUCACUGCAGCAGCAACGUAUAGUCGUCGAUCAAUUGCGACGCGAGGCGUCCAUCGCACGUCAGCCGGUCACUGAGUCCUGCGCUCAGAUGAUCAAAUAUAUUACGGAGCACGAACAGGAGGAUUAUCUUUUGACUGGAUUCUCCAGUCAGAAAGUUAAUCCCUUCCGUGAGAAGUCAUCAUGCACCGUGCUAUAAACUAUUUACAACUAUCAUCAUGUAAAGCUAGAAAACGCGUUGACAUUGCCGAUAAUGACGUGGGGGAGUAUAAAUGGAGCGGUGGAUAAGUUUGGUGCGAAGUUUAGGCGGAAUGUACAACAACUUUCUACGAAUUUGAAAUUGCAGUUUUGCAGUAAAUUAAGUAUUGUAACGUGGGUGGACGUGUGUGCGUGUGUAUUGUAGAUGUAAUAACAUGUUGAAUGGGGUAGCGGCCAAGAAGAGCGAGCGGAAAAUGCAAAUUUGACAGCGAGGGAGGCAAUGAACGUGUACAAUUUGAAUACGAACAAUAUCUCAAGUACUAUGGGACAAUUAAGUACACAUAUUAAACCAAAAUAGGAUGAAAUUCAAAUAACUAAAUCAAGUAAAUACAUAUUCAGAUGUCUACUCAUACAAACGCAUUUGAUGGUGAAUUAUAUACUAAAAACCAUUAAUCUUUCUGACCACAUUCACACAUAUUAUAUACACAAAUAUAUAUUUAUCUACAAUUUGUAAACCAAAAAUUUAAUAUGAUUAUAGGCCGCGAGAGCUAACGUGUGGCAAACAGAAAUCUUUGACUAGCAAUUUAAAGACCACCAAGAAUUAGAACCACCAUAAAAGUUCUUAAAACAGGAUGUAAUAGUUCACAUAGAUUCCCGAAAGCCAUGUUAUCUUGUAAAAAACACACUUACACACUCUCGCAUUUACACGAUACAGACUUAUACAAAAGUAAGUGCAAUUGCACACAUUAUAAAAAUAUUAAAAAAAUUAUAAUUCUUUAUAUUUCUGUGUAAACUAAUUUAUAAAAACAUAUACCAUAUACUCUAUGCUAAAGGAAAAUAUAACAAAUAAAGUUAACCUAUGUAUUGGCAAAAUAUCCAACAACAAACAUUUUUUUGUUUUCAAACACACGAAAAUUCGUCAAAUGUAUCAUUGUCGAUGAGCAAAUACUUUAGUAAGCGCUUAAAACCGAUUCAAAUACUAUUAGGUUGGACUCACACAUAUCUAUGUACUAAAUGUGAGCGGUUUUAGGGAGAAAUGGGGGAAAUAGUACGAGUGAGGUGAACCUUACUCAAUAUGAAGUUGGAAAGCAAAAGCAAAUAUUUUAUUACAAAUUUAAACAACAUAAAAUAGAAGUUAUACCACGGAGGCACUUAGCAACAAGUAGUAUAUACAUAUAAACGAAGUGGAAAAAAUAUAUAUUAACACUUAAGUUAUUGUUAAAGCGCUCUUUGUGGUUGCGCACUAAAAAGCAAAGCAAUUUACUAACGAUACAUAAACGGUUAUUAAAAACAAAAACGUUGUAUACUCAACCAAAAAACGCGGAUAUCCAAGCAGUUAAACAGUUUACGAAAGGCAAAUUAAUUAAUUACAGCCUAUAUAUUCGUACUAUGCACGCGAUUUAUAAAACCAAAAGCAUAAUUAUGCGACAUAUACAUACAUAUAUAAUAUUUAUGAUGAUUACACGAAAUUAGUAAUAUUAGCGGACAUUUGAUUGUAUUAUUAUCAAAAUAUUUAUCAAGCUUAAAAGUUAGUUAAUAUUUUAUUCAAACUUAACUAAAGUUCAGUAAAUUAUCAAAAAAAAAAAAAAAUUCUAUAUCAAAAAUUUUAUUAAAUAAAUUAAUCAAAUAUAAAGUAAACAUCACACGAAAAACAAAAUAUAAGUAAUACGAGCGACAACAAAUAUAGCGCAUUUAAAGCGGAUUUCCUACGCAAAUUCAUAAACGGUAUAGUCUUUUACUAUUAACUAGAGUUGCAAAGAGUUGGGUGCACGAAAAACUGUACUCUUAAGAGCAAAACAAUGCAAAAAGGGCGGAAUUUACGCGUACAAAUAAAAAAAUUAAAUUAAAAGAAAUUGUAACGAAAACAACUGCUUUUCACACGAUAUCAAAGACGAUCACAGUUUGAAUAUCACUGAAGCAUGUUUAAAACAUGUCGGCAAAGGGCAUGUUAUAAGGUGGGUAUUGCCGGAGAAAUACCAUUAAAAAUCGUUCUGGAUGCAACCAUUUAAUGUCAAGCCAUUGUUUACUUAGUUUUCGGGUUCGUUACUUUAGCUAGCGGUUUUUACUUGUUUAGGUUCAAAAAAUAUACAUUAAAUAAAUAUAUUUUAUGAAAUUAAAUAAUUAAAUAAGUAGGGGAUAAAACGAAAACUUGUGAUAUAAUUUUUAAAGCAAUGCAACCUUAAGUUAACAAAAUAAUAAUGGUACACAUAUUAUAUAUUUUUAUAAAAUUAUGUGUUGUAAAAAUGUUAGUUUGUGUAUGUGUUAAGUGUUUCCGUUAAUUGUUGCCAAAGUCGCAAAUACUUCUUCCGCAAAUAUAGCGUAUAAUCAAAAAGUGACAAAAAAUUCGAAAUUAAAAUUUCCAUUUACUGAACGAUCUAUAUCCCCAAACUUCCAUUAUUUAAAGCAUUUGUGUGUGUCUUUGGUAGUAGAAACUCUCCGACGUAUAUUUGUCGAUUGAUAGCAAGGAAUAGUUGUUUGUAACUAAUUAGAUGAUAUUUCUUCGAAAGCAACGAAUAGGUUAUGGUUAACCUGAAUCUAGUUAGGAAAAACCGUUUAGGAGGCGUCAAAAGUGCAAAUGCUAAUAAGAAAGUAGCGCGAAAAAUUUUGAAAUGUUUAUAUACACAAUAUAUUUAAUUUAAUAUUUAUUUUUAUUUCAAUGAAGUUUCUUAUUUUUACAACAUUUAAAUUCUAAAAUUUGUUUAUUAACUAAAAAAUUGUUAAUGCUCUGAAAUGAUGUGCAAUUAAAAUAACUCAAACUUGAGAAUAUGCAAAUCGAGUGUAUAAAAGAAUGCAACUGUCGUUAGCGUUGGUACGGCAACAUUUGUCAAACUGCAGUGACAUUUAUUGCUAAGGAAAGUGAAUGCCAGGAAAUCCCUUUAAAUGUCAUUAACGUCGUUCGUUUAAGUUAAAAAUACAAAUAUAUAAAAAUAUAUCAAAGUUUUAUAGUUACAACAUCCUGAUGCGUAAAAUGAUAAGUAACUUAUACAGUAAUAUUUCAAUUAAUAAAUAUUAAUUCGUAAGGAGACAAAUGAUUUAAUUAAUAAUACUAUAUAGGGCAACAUAUAAAUGUAUGACCUUCAAUUCAAUCCUUAUAUAUUAAAACAAGGUGAUACAUAUAUCUAAUACAACUUGUUGAAAAACUUAUAAAAAUUACAAAUAUACUAUCAAUUUAAUUAUAACAAAAAAAUACAAAUAAAUAAAAACCUGAUGCGCAAAAUUUAUAAUAGAGAAAGUACCACCAAAGAAUACUAAUAACAAUUUAUUUAAAUUUAAACAAUUUAGUGCCCAUAUCGUAGCACUACAUAAUAAAAUAAUUAUUGCAAUUGACUUAGGUCUGCACAUAUAUACAUAUAUAUAAAGAAGCUUAUGCAUGUAUUAUUCGAAUUGAAUUUUUAUUCUUCAAAGAAUUUUAAAUUUCAGCUUCUUUAAGAGCUUGCAUAAAUUAUUUCUUCAAGUUGUUUUUUUCAGGAAAGACAAAAAAAAAUCAAAUAUUCAAAUUAUUAACGCAAUAUUUAUUCGAACAACAAAUUAAAUAAGAAAACACUUUCUUGUAUUUACUUAAUAUUGAAUCGUUGAAAAUGAUGGAAUUCGUAACAUAACUGAAUGAAUUUCCAAUAGCAACAGAAACACCACAUUCACAACAAAAUAUCAAUGAAUAUUCGUUUGCUUGGAUUCAAAUAAAAUUUAGAUGUGUUACCUAGUGGAACCCAUAAAUAA